CCCUUUAGCCCUUCCCCUCCUAUCCCCAAAUCUAAACCUAGCUAAAUAUCUGCUUCAAUGGCGAAUGCGGAGGCGGAGGCCGUCGAUUUCGAGCCUGAGGAGGACGAUCUUAUGGACGAGGAUGUCGGCGAUGGCUCCCCCAACCGAGCAACCGUUCCUCGCCUGAAGUCCGCCAUCACCGGCGGCGGCUCCUCCACCGCUCCAAAGAAGACCAAGGGCCGCGGGUUUCGCGACGAGGCCGCUGCUGAAGCGGACCGAAAUGCUCGCAUGUCCGCCCCCUUCGAUUCGCUCGAUUCAGAAGGCGGUCCUGGCCCCGAACGAUCUAUUGAAGGAUGGAUUAUUCUGGUUACUGGAGUUCAUGAAGAGGCUCAAGAGGAAGAUCUGCAAAACGCAUUUGGUGAUUUUGGAGAGAUAAAGAAUUUACACUUGAAUCUCGAUCGUCCUACGGGUUUUGUCAAGGGCUAUGCUCUAAUUGAAUUUGAGAAGUUUGAGGAGGCACAGAGAGCCAUAAAUGAGAUGAAUGGAACUGAACUCCUAACUGUCGCAGCC